AUGCUCGCCCAGUUCAAGCCCUUGCUCGCUGCCGUGCUUCUUGGGGCAGUCGCAGUCGCCCUACCCUACACUCCUCCUCAGCUCUCCCACGGCGAAGACUUUGCCUCGCGCGACACCGGAGUGGAUGCCUCUGCUCCCCGCGACACCCUGUCAGACCCCGGCUGCAAGGAACCUCCCUGUUUCAAGCGUCUUGACGGAGCCAAGGUCACUCACGUUCCGCGUCAUGGCCUGUUCGCCCGCGCUCCCAGCGACGAGCACCCUGCAAAGCUUCACGGCUUGGCUGCCAGCGUCGCUCGUGGGCAUCCCCAUAAAGCCCUUGCUGAUCCUGCAUGUGACAAGCCGCCCUGUGUCAAGAAGGAUCUGAAUGAAGUCAAUCCCAUCCACGACGCUCGUGGGCAUCCUCACAAGGCUCUUGCUGACCCUGCCUGCGACAAGCCGCCCUGUGUCAACAAGAAUCCCACCGAAGUCAAUCCCAUCCACGUCAUGAAUGGCGUUUUGCACGAAGGAGAGAGGCCUACCACUUCUACUUUGGGCUCAGAGCAUGAUCACGGCCAGGGCGGUGGUGUCGACGUCAAGCGAGGCUUCGACAAUCGCGGGCAAAAGGCUCCCGAGGUGCCGAAGUUCAAUCCUGCUAAAGCUCCCUCAGUCCCUAAGUGUGAGCAUCCUCCUUGUCCCAAGCCUCACUACGAAGGCAGCGAGGUCGCUCGUGACCAGGCUCAGGACCCAGGCGUAGAUGGGAAGCUGCACGAACAGCGCAGCCCUGAAGUCAGCGAGCCACCUACUUUGACGCCCGCAGAGAGGGGUGAUGAUGGCUUCGGCCCCUCCCCAUGGCCAGGCUUCAGUAGGGGCCGCACGGGCUUCCCAGGCUGCACGCACCCGCCUUGCAAGCGUCACCGUGGCGAGGACGAGAAGCGCGAUGAGCAAGAUCAGAUGACCCGUGACUUCGAGAUGCUUGGACAGACCACCGGCAAUUUGCAGGGUCGAUCUCCACGCAUACCUUCUUGCCCCGAAUGCCUGGAGGCUGGCUCGACUGAGGUUGAAGAGAAGAAUGAGCGCGAUGGCGGGCACUCUGAGGAUGGCGCAUCCAUCGCCGAGUUCCUCACUCGAGCCGAGGCCACCUCCCUCCUUCCCAACAUCGCUCACAGCAAGCAGGUAGCCGCCGAGCUUGCCCAGUCCUACGAGAAGACUUUUGGCCGCACUCUCGCUACCAGCUUGGUCGGUGACGACAAGGCUGAGGUCAGAGGGGGAACCUUCGGUGGACCCAUUGACCGCAAAAAGAUCGGAGAGGAGCUUGCCCGCUCCUACGAGAAAGAAUUUGGGCACAGUCCUGGAAAGCGCGACGGCAAUGCACCUCAGGUCUAA